AUGUCCAAAAAGCCCGAUUUUCCAAUGCCAGACGACGAGCUGGUCCCUAUAAAGAGUCUGCCAGAGCCCCAGACUCCAGACACCAUUGGUGCUGCUGAUGAGAUCGAAACUGAUCUGGCCGAUGAUCUUGAUGAUAACAUUGUUACCCCAUUGGAAAGUGUAAUUUUCUCUCCCGAUGAAAGCGAAGAUACAAAUUACGUGGAAGUGCCAGUACGAACCCGUCCAGAGGUGUCUCGACACUUAUCGAAAAAUGAUGCCCAAUCGAUUGUAGGUGGUGAGUCGAUGGAUGAGAUGUACCAUAGUGAGACAUCGCUUGUAGAUGUAGACAGAGAUGCUGAUAACACCGAUAAGAACGAUUUGAUGAAAAACGACCUGUCAUAUUCCCAGUCUGAACGGGUUUUUUCUUUUGCAUUGCCAUUCGGAGGUCUUGCCAAUAUAAGGUCCAACAUAUCCAAGCAUCUCUCGUCAUUCAAACGCGAUGCCCAUCUUCCCAGUUUUUCGUUCAAUCUCAACAGCCACGAGCUGCCUACGCCCGACUACGACUUGGCGAGAUUGCAUUCGCUAGAUACUUUGGCUGAAGCGGAGUAUUUCCACAACCAAAAAGGCACAGAAAACGUUCGGUUUCGGGCAGUUAAACACUCAAUUGCCACAAAUAUAAAUGAAUUUUUGCCUUUCAACAGGAAACCCAAGGCGUGGGAGUCGAUAUACAACGAAAUCGAGGGCAACAUUGUCAUUCUUGGUGGAUAUCGAGGCUCUAUUCUUCGUGAUGCAAGAACUCGAAAACGUGUAUGGAUUCCUAUAAAAGCAGGAUUUAAUCUUCGAAGGAUAAACCUCCUCCUUGGACCAUCAGAGGACGAUGAGCUCAAGGCUACCGACCUUAUCUACCCAGAUGGGAUCUUGAAAAAUAUCGGACCCAUCGAUAUAUGCAAAAAAUUCAUAAAAAAAUUGCAAGCAAACCCGAAAACUAAUGUCAAAGAAUUCAGCUACGACUGGCGCUUGAGCGGACAAACGGUAUCUGCCCAGCUAGAACGCUUUUUAAAGGUGAUAAAGAAGAAAACAGGCCAACCUACCAUAGUCGUGGCUCACUCCAUGGGUGGAUUAAUGACUCACGGCGUGGUCCAGCGAAAUCCUGAGCUUUUCCGUGCAAUCAUAUACGUGGGAAGUCCUUCUGAAUGCUUGAAUAUCUUGGGUCCCAUACGUUUUGGCGACUCGGUCCUUUUGUCGGACAAAAUACUCACUUUCGAGACCAACUUUAUGAUGCGUUCGAGUUUCUUAUUUCUUCCAUUAUCCGGUCGAGUUUUCACUGACAAAAAGACUGGAGUUCAUUACGACCUAGACUACUUUGACCCCAAAACGUGGGUCGAGUAUAACUUGAAUCCGCUUGUGUCUUCAAAACGUGUAAUUGAAGAAACUUUAGGUUCUUCGCUGCCGCAACAAUCUUCGCAAUUGUCCAUCAACUCUAUCGGAAGCAUAAUCAAAAACUACAGAACAAGAUCCUUGAGGCGGUCCAAGUCGCCUAUUUCAGAAAAACUGAUACAAACAUCUACUUUAACUGGAGAAACCUUGCGUUCGGCAACGGAGUCUCCUGAUAACCUGCAACCAGAUGAAGAACACAUGACAUACUCGUUCCUGUUUGCUGAAGCAUAUGAUUACUUGGCGAGAACUCUCAAGCAGGCAAAGGAGUACCUUCUUGGAUUGGAAUACAACUCCGAACUAGAGCCAAGGUAUCCGCCCAUGGCAGUGGUAUAUGGAAACAAAGUUCCUUCUGUGCGUCGGUCCAUCGUUGAGGGAAUCCAGGAUAUAAAAGACGGCAAGUACUAUGAGUUUUAUUAUGGGCAUGGCGAUGGGGUUGUUCAUCAAAAUUUCUUGAUGCCGGAGGGUAAGAACUUUCGCAAGUUUGAUCCUAAUACAGGCGAGGGUCAGAUUGUGGGUAAGUUUUCGCUGGAUUGUGGCCAUGUGAGUUUGAUGACUGAUUUUAGAGCCAUGGGAGAAGCUUUGCGAGCAGUGGUGGAUGCAGAGAUGAUAUGGCCCAAGGUGAAGAGCCAAGACAAGAUAAAAUCUAGAAAGAAAGAAUCCAGCGAGAUGAAUUUGCAAGAUAGAUCCAGCAGCGAGAUAACGCUGUAA